CCGGGAAAAAAGUCGCUCAGUUUGAAAAAAUAACUCUAAUAGAGAAUUUUAAAUUGUUUUAAUUGAUAAUAUAAAGAUAUGAAGAAGGUAUUAGCAGUAUCCGUGUGCCUCUUUUGGCUAGCAUGGAUUGUUCGGUACUACAUCAACGUAACGAGUUCCGGACAGGGAAGCACUGGACAGCUCCUGCCAAUGGUUAUCAACACCUGGCCCUUUUCGGUCGCCAACGAGGAGGCGUGGCGCAUCCUGAACCUAAAAAAGGGCGGAAUUGGUCAGACGAGGGACGCCGUGGUGGGCGGAAUUUCCGAGUGCGAGAGGCUACAAUGCGAUAAAGCUGUUGGCUUCGGCGGCAAUGCCAACGAGCGUGGAUAUGUCGCCCUGGACGCCUUGCUGAUGGAUGGCAGCACCAUGGAGAUCGGAGCAGUGGGCCAUCUUCGGAGGAUGAGGAGCGCCAUUAAGGUGGCCCGUCACGUCCUGGAACAUACGCAUCACUCCUUUUUAGUCGGCGAUGGAGCCGCGGAUUUCGCCAAUGCAAUGGGCUUCCAGAACGAGUCGCUGGACACUCCAGAAACAGCAGCCAUCACGCAAAAUUGGACGGCGCAUAAUUGUCAGCCGAACUACUGGCGGAAUGUCUAUCCGGAUCCCCUGACCUCCUGCGGGCCCUACCAGCCUUUAACUUUGUUUGACGAAGGGGCCCCUCGAUCUGACCAGGAUGAGAUCGGUCCCGACAACCACGACACCAUCACCAUGGCCGCCAUCGAUGAGGAGGGCAACAUCCACGUGGGCACAUCCACCAACGGAAUAAGACACACGAUACCUGGGCGCGUUGGAGAUGCCCCGAUCCCUGGCUCCGGUGCCUACGCAGAUAACGAAGUGGGCGCUGCUGUGGCCACCGGGAAUGGCGACAUCCUGAUGCGCUUUCUUCCCUCCCUCCUCGCUGUGGAGGCCAUGCGGGCGGGCAAGACGCCCGCGGAGGCAGUGAAGUCUGUAUUCCAGCGAAUCCGAAAGCACAUACCUCGCUUUGAAGGCGCCCUUAUCGCCGUAGAUCGCUUUGGAAAUUAUGCGGCGGUCUGUCGUGGUGUUAGCUAUUUUAAGGAGAAAUUCCACUUCAUGGUCAGUAGCCCGGCCAAUCCGAAUCGGCCGACGCGUAUGGAAACGGUCAUGUGCGCCACGGAACAAUAUGAAGCUCCAUCCGAACUUUAUCCGGAUGUUAUUUGGUAGUUUUAGAUCAUAUUGUUAUUUUAAAUUAACUUUCAUAA